AUGGUUGAGGCCGCUUCGAACGAUUUGGAAGCUUUGGUUGAUGAUGCCAUCGCCCUCCCGGAUGGUGUGAUCAACUGUACCGAAUUGAACCGUUUGUUGAAAUACUUGGUCGAAGGAGUAUCGAAAAUAGCCAACGAAUUCGAAGACCUUCGAACAACUAAUGACGAACGCUUCCAACUGUUCGAGGAUGCUAUCGCUGAAGCGAAAGAACAAGCUGAAACUUACGUGGAACAGCAACCCACAUUGGUCCCGUGCGGAACGGCUAUCGUCAGCGAGCCGGAACAAUCAGAAACCGCCCCUCAAAAGGAAAGUCUCUCGAAAGAAGUCACCUCAGAGACAUUGCUGAAAGAGAUCGACGAACAAGCCAACGAGUUCCGGGAGCACGAAUCAAAGCUGCUUGCGGUCAUUGGCGAUCUCGAACAGCGACUGGAAAAAGUGGAACAAUUGUUCUAUCAAAAACUGGAACAAUUGUCCAACGAUUUCCAGCAGUUCCAAACGUUGGUUGAGAGCAAACAAGCAAACCUGGAGGAAGCCACAUCGACUGCAUCGAUGCAGCAAACAGUCAGCUCUACCGAGCACAUGAAUAAACUAACCGAAUUUACCGACAAACUGGACGAACUGCAAAGGCAGAUGGAGCUACUUCUCAGUCACCGGGAUCAACUUCCGCUCCGAAUCGAAGCACUACUAGAGGAAAAGCUAAAGGAAGGCGAAAUCACUGCUACGGGCAAGACACAUUCACGCGUAGGCAGUGUCAGUUCAUCGAAGGGUUCUGUUACGCCCGGCAAAUCAUUGUCUCACGGUCGGAUGACAGAAUCGACCGCAACGACCCAAGCGCUGAUGGAGAACUUAAGCUGUCUCUCCUGUGACACUAAGAACGUAGUACAACGGAUGCGAAACGGACGCUAUCUGGCACCACGAACGAGCGCAAAGUUGGCCGUUGUUGCACGAAGACUGCAAGAGUCGGAUGAUGUACUCAGACUGCAGCCAGGAUCGAGGGGUAGUCGUACUUGCGGCGGCGCUUACACGGUGGUCAAACCGGACGAAAGAGUUUUCCGACAAGUGAAUGUGCAGUUUAAUCGCACGAUUCAGGAAGAGAACUCUGAACAAGACUGUUGA